AUGAACAGAAUAAUAAGAAAGACGCUCGCGUUCUCCCUGCUCGGCCUAUUCGCGCCGGCAGUGGCUGAUAUAUGCUCAAAUCUAGAGGCUGCUACCAGCACAAGUGGUAUCCUCACUCAUCAGCUAUCUCUAGCAUACGAAACAGAGAUUCAAAACUACUGGUCCGCCGCUUGCACCGGUCUACGUCCAUCAUGUAUGAUGUUUCCGACUAGUGCCGACGAAGUCGCAGAUAUCGUCCACGCCCUUCACCAGACCGAUGAUUUGUUUGCUAUAAAGUCCGGGGGACACAUGCCCAACAACGGCUUUUCGAGCAUUCAAGGUGGCUUGUUGAUUUCCACUAAGAAGCUCAACAAUAUUGUUGCGUACGAUGCAGAGACACAGACGGCCAAGGUAGGUCCGGGAAUGACCUGGGCCGAAGCGCAGAAGGGCUUAGAUGGAACGGGAGUGACUCUCGUUGGGGGUCGAAUGGGCGGUGUGGGAAUCGGUGGUUACAUUCUUGGAGUCGGUCUGAGCUUUUUAAGCUCACAGCAUGGCUGGGCUGCAAAUAACGUUGUUGACAUUGAAGUCGUCCUGGCCAACGGUACAAUCGUGCAUGCCAACGAUUCCGAAAACCAAGAUCUCUUCGCGGUCCUCAAAGGGGGUGGCAACAACUUCGGCAUCGUGACCCAAUACACUCUCAAAACCCACCCUAUCUCUGAAAAGGUAUGGGGAGGAGUGGUGACCUUCUCCAAAGACCAGACUCCCCAACUUCUUGAGGCUAUCCGGAACUUCGUUGAAUACUACCCAGACGACAAAGCAGCUAUUAUCCCGACCUGUGAACACACCUCACUUUUCACUAGCUGGUUUGUGUUCUUUUUCUACGAUGGUGCUACUCCCCCGGCCGAUGUUUUCGCCAAUUUCACGAGUAUCACUUCAGAGACGAGCACUAUACGGACAUGGGAUAGCUAUUAUGACUUGCUUCAAAGCAAUGACGGAUAUGACUUGCACGGCCAACGAUAUGCCAUUGCGACUGAGACAACGCCCUUGCCCAGCGCGGAAGUCGGUUCAGAAGUCUUGAACACUAUCUGGGAAACAUUUUACAAUGUUACUUCUGAUGUCGUCCUCGAGCUUGGAGUGAUCGCGACCAUCGCGUUGCAGCCCAUGCCUCGCACUAUCACUAGUAAAGCAAAAGCUCGUGGCGGGGACCUACUUGAUUUCCCCGAUACCACAGACUACGUCAUUUUUGAGCUCGACAUUUCUCAUUCUCUCUCAAUCGACGAUGACACCACGGAGGCAGCAAUUCAGUCCCUUUAUACUAAAAUAGGCAACCGUGUCGAGAGUUAUAUCCAAGACGGUACCUUGCCGGAUGUGUACAGGCCACUAUUCAUGAAUGAUGCCCAUGGUACACAGGAUUAUUGGGCCCGCAUCUCGCCAAAAUCGCGGAACCUCGCAAAGCAGGUUAGAGAGAGUUACGAUCCAGAUAUGUUCUGGCAGAACAGAACCUCUGGCGGAUUCCGAGUGGAAUAG